UGAUUUAUACGGUUCUUCAGGUCUCUCAGGCGUUUUCAUGCCUGUGACAGGCUGCCGACAGGCCCGAAUCCGAAUCCUGGCCUUAUUCAUUCCAGCGACAGGAAGCGGAAACCACCCGCCGUCGCUGAAAGCCCAUUUGCAUAUCUCUCUCUCUCUCCAUUUGGGCCACGUUAUUUAACGAAAUGAGCAAUUGGCCAAAAUUCAUUUUAAUUGUUAACCGCCGGGCAUUUGCAUAUACUCUUGUGUAUAGUAUGUGGCAGGCAGUCGCGACAUGGACAUGCAACGGGAAGGAGGAGGUUCCCAUUCCAAUCCCAAUCCCCGUUCGUGCCCCCCUACCUCUUCCCCCUCCGAUAAUGGGCCAGCAGUUCACGCUGCGUCGAGAAUGUGCCUGAUAAGCAGCUAAUUUGAGAUACUACUCCCCAGUGGGGACGGUGCAACCGAUACGAGCCAAACCGAACAGAUCCGUGGAGCCACCAGCACCACCAUCGACCGAUUUUCACUGUUCUUCGGUUCGGUUCUGGCCACAACCUGGAGAGCGGAGAGUGAACAGCAGAGAGCAGCGAUUUCGUGGAAGCCGUAAAACCUCUUCGGAGAGUGGGCCGCCGUCUGAGGAGACAGCAUCAGCAUCUGUAUGCCCAGCAUCGGGUAGCAAUCCUAAUAGCUGCGCCAGCGACCACGACGACAUCCAUCAAAGCGCUUUUAUGGCGUUCUUGCUUGAAAUUUGAUUAAAAUUCAGCGAUUAACUAAACAACAUCCAGCAGCAGCAGCAACAGCAGCAGCAGCAGCAGAGGAACUUAACCAAAAUACUUGACGACGGCAGCGACGAAUCAAUCUUGGAUUGAAUUGUUGAUCACAUUUCUGUCUGGGUGACGCCGAAGAGAACGCCGGGAAUCGAUUUCUUAAGCCUUUCAAUCAUGCCACAUACAGGUCAAGCUGGUGUCAAUCAAUUGGGCGGCGUCUUUGUCAAUGGACGUCCCCUGCCGGACUGCGUCCGCCGUCGGAUCGUGGAUCUGGCCCUGUGCGGAGUCCGUCCCUGUGAUAUCUCCCGCCAGCUGCUGGUAUCUCAUGGUUGCGUCUCCAAAAUACUGACACGAUUCUACGAGACGGGCUCCAUACGACCGGGUUCCAUUGGUGGCAGCAAGACCAAGCAAGUGGCCACGCCCACAGUCGUAAAGAAAAUCAUCCGGUUGAAAGAGGAGAACAGCGGCAUGUUCGCGUGGGAGAUCCGGGAGCAGCUGCAGCAGCAGCGCGUCUGCGAUCCCAGCUCCGUGCCGUCCAUCAGCUCCAUCAACCGCAUCCUGCGCAACAGCGGCCUCUGGACGGACGAGAUGACCUCCAGCCAGCAGAAUGCGGCGGCUGCCGCUGCAGCGGCGGCGGCCCAUCAGGCGGCAGGCGGAGGCCCAGGCGGACCAGGAGCUGGCUAUGCUACGCCCGCGCAAUUGUACGGGGGACCCAACAACAACAACAACAACAGCCACUCGCCCAAGACCCAGACACCGUCGGGAACCAAUGCCCCGCCCUCGGCCACGGCCACGCCCAACGGUGGUCGCUACGCGAAGCCCUCAGCAAUGAUGAUGACAUCCGCCGGAGGGGAGCUGCCGCUCAAGCCGGCUCCCAAGCUGCCACCCAGUCAUGGGCAUUCCCACGGACACGGACAUGGACAUGGACACGGACAUGGACACGGACAUGGACACGGACAUGGACAAAGUAUGAGUGCGAGCGUGUCUGGUGGCGGAGUGUCCGUGUCCAGCCAGCUGGGGGGCCUGGAUCUCAGCUACUCGGCCCUGCACAAGCACUGGCUGUGGAAUCCCUCGCUGCUGUACUACACGCAGGCGCACAUUCAGGCCCAGGCGGCCGCCACGGGGGCCCAGUUCCUGCCCUACGGCGGCGGCUACCUGCCCCACGGCAUGGCUGCGGCUGCAGCAGCAGCAGCGGCUGUCGGAGGCGGAGCGUCCAAUGGCGGGGGAUUCACCAAGUCGGAGAGCUCCAUCGACCUGUCGACGCCUGGGGCCACCGGCGACGCCCUCAGCGACUGUGAUUCGGGCAAGUCCUCGCCGGCCGCCCUCUCUCUGAGCGCGGCCCGGGGACAGCUGCUAGGCCACAGCCACAGCCGAAAAAGGAACCCCUACUCUAUUGAGGAGCUGCUGAAGAAGCCGGAGAAGCGGCUGCGCCUCAGCAGCGAGUCGCAGGCGAGUCUCCUUGAGGGGAAGCGGCGGAGCGAGCACCUGGAGUGCCUCUCGUCCAGCUCGUGCGAGAGCAGCCAAGACGGCUCCUCCGAGGAUGUGUUAGUGCAGACGAGUCCUUGCACCCCCAUCUCCCUGCCCGUGGACACGGAAGUCGUGCCCGUCGACGAGGAAGACGACCAACAGCAGGAGGAGGAGGAGGACUGCAGCGUGGAGGUCGUCAACUAAGUGCAGGAGGAGGAGAAGGAGAAGGAGGAGCAUCUCUCAAUGUCCCAGUUUUAGCCCUGUAUAUAGAUAGUAUUAGUAGUACUAGCUUUGCCCAGUAUCCCCCCGCCCCCUCAGUGUCUGUAAUUCUAUAUAAAUAUCUUAUUUAAAUAAAAACGUAUCUGUAUCUGUAUCCGA